AAACGAUGACGAAGUUUUGCAACGAAUAGCACACCAACAUGAGCAACACAGAUUCUAAGACUGCCUCCGUCGUUAUCCACGGCUUCUCCAAGCCCAGCGCGAACAUCCCCAGCGCCUCCGGGUACUGCCAAAAACUCGAGACAUUCCUCCGCGCGGUCGGAUCGCCGUCCUACGAGCUCGCGGACGCCGUCCCGUUCACCGCGCCCAAGGGCAAACUCCCCUGGGCCACGAUCACCACCCCGGGCUCCAGCCAGGUCAUCCCCGACUCGCACUACAUUGUUCGCCACCUGAUCGCCAGUGGCCUCUCCCCGGAUCCGGACGCAUCCCUGACGCCCGCCGAGCGUGCCGAUUCGCGCGCGUGGCAGGCGUGGGUCGAGGAGCUCGUUUACCCCGCCGUGGUGAGCACGCGCUGGCUCCGGCCCGCCAACUACGCGAUAGUGAAGCACGAGCUGAGCGCGCCCGCGCCGGUGAAGCCGGUCAUCGCGUGGAUCAUCUAUCGCCGCAUCAAGACGGGGCUGACGGGCCACGGCGUCGCGCGGCACUCGGACGAGGAGGUGGACGUGCUGCUGAAGGAGUACGUGGACGCGUUGGACGCCAGGCUCUCGGCGGCCAAGUCGGAGUUCUUCCAUGGGGGAGAGGAGCCGACGAUGGUGGACAUCGUGACUUGGUCGUUCCUCGUCAACUCCCUCGCGUUGCAGUCCAAUCCGGAGUUCAACGUUCUCAUAUUGGGCAAGCCGCGCUUGAUGCGGUACGUGGUGGCGCUCGCGAAGAAGUGGUUCCCAGAGUACGAGUCCAUCAUCAAGUUGGGAACAUGAGGGGAACUCGUGGUUGGCUGACUUACAGUCCAUCAGACGUCCUCUAUACCCGUGUAUUCACGCACUUGCAAAUGGGAUUAUUCUUCUUCGCGAUGUUGUUUUUCUGCUUGUUGUGUAUAGGCUAC